GCACGAGCGGCAGGAUUCCUCAACAGCUCUUGUUUUGAAGUUGAUUUGAUUCACUACCCGAAGAGAAACGACUACAAAUAGGAAAUGUAAUGCAAAAACAAAAGUGCAAUCACAGAUUGAUUCAGAUUCACUUGCCUCUCAGUCCAGUCACAUAGGCUUGCAGAGGAGAAUCCGUCGCGCAUCAUUACUAUCGAUGCGAGUGGACACAUGAGCACUUGGGGGGUGGGCUGUAUUGCUCUGGUCUGUAGGCUUGCUGUGAACACGGUGGCUGGCAGGCACUAAGUUGGAGAGCACCGAGAGGAGUUUGUCAGACUUGCCAAUGUGAACACCACUUCAGAACCAAGGACAGAUCCAAACCGCUGCCUGGCAAACAUGUUCAAAGUGAACAACAUCUGGACUCAGCUCGUCACAUGAAGCGCUUCACGUGGUCUGUGUAUUGUCGCACGGCUUGUGGAAAAGAGACCUGCAGAUAUAUCCGGCCAGAUACAUCUUGUGCUACAAUCAGGAAAUAUCUAACAUGCUGCACCUACUGAGACAAGACUUGAAAGUGAUCUGCCUCCAGACUCUGUGAACCUCUGCUCCUCUCUACUUCCACUAUCUGAAACCCGCUAAGUGAUCCUGCCAUGCUGAGUGUAGUGCUUUGGCCCAGGUCGUUGACCAAUGUUGUGCAUUACUGGCCUCUCCACAUGCUCCUGCUGGAGGUGCUGAUACCGGGAGUCCUGCCCAACAUCUCCCGAUUACCACCUGCGGCCAAACGUGAGAUCAUCCUGGACGGGGACUUGGUGAUCGGUGGCCUGUUCCCAGUUCACCAAAAAGGUGAUGGGAUUGAGGACUGUGGUAAGAUCAACGAAGCGAGAGGGAUCCAGAGACUGGAAGCCAUGCUGCUGGCACUUGAUGAGAUUAACUCCAGCAAUCGCAUCCUUCCCGGACUCCAGCUGGGGGCCCACAUCCUUGACACCUGCUCGAAAGACACAUAUGCUCUGGAGCAGUCUCUCGAUUUCGUCAGGGCCUCCCUCACCAAAGUGCAUGAUCCAGGCUUCAUCUGCCCAGACGGCUCCAGACCCGUCCAAAACGAGGUUCCACUGGCCAUCUCUGGUGUCAUUGGAGGAUCCUACAGUGACGUUUCCAUUCAGGUGGCCAACCUCCUGCGAUUGUUCCAGAUCCCUCAGAUCAGCUAUGCUUCCACUAGUUCAAAGCUCAGCGAUAAGAGCCGCUAUGACUACUUCGCCCGCACUGUACCUCCUGACUUCUACCAGGCCAAGGCCAUGGCCGAGAUCCUGCGUUUCUUCAACUGGACCUAUGUGUCGACAGUAGCAUCAGAGGGCGACUACGGUGAGACUGGCAUUGAUGCCUUCCAGUUGGAGGCCCGCACUCACCAAAUCUGCAUUGCUACUUCAGCCAAGGUGAGCCGCUCCAUGAACCGCCAGGGCUACGACAACGUGAUCCGCGCUCUGCAGCAGAAGUCCAACGCCAAGGUGGUCAUCCUGUUCACCAGCAGUGAAGACGCCCGUGAGCUGCUGGUGUCCGCUGCUCGCAUGAACGCCACCUUCACCUGGGUGGCCAGCGAUGGAUGGGGAGCCCAGGAGAGUGUGGUGAGGGGCAGUGAGACAGCAGCAGACAUGGCUUUCACCAUCGAGCUGGCCUCCUAUCCGAUUAGAGAGUUUGAAGAUUACUUCACCAAGCUGAACCCGUACACCAACACAAGGAACCCGUGGUUUAAAGAGUUCUGGGAGCACCGCUUUGGCUGUAGCCUCCAGGAACCUGGCUGCAGUGAAAACAGUCUACGAGAUGGAACUUUUGAACAGGAGUCCAAGAUCAUGUUUGUGGUAAAUGCAGUCUAUGCCAUGGCCUAUGCGCUGCACAACAUGAGGCAAGCGACAUGCUCCAACGCAUCCAAGGUCUGCGAUGCCAUGAAACCAGGUAACGGCAAAAGGUUCUACAAGGAGUUCAUCUUGAAGACCAAGUUUGAAGCUCCGUUCAGACCUGUAGACACACAGAACAUGGUGCGCUUUGACUCUUUUGGCGACAGCAUCAGCCGCUACAACAUCUUCCAUUACCACAAAGAAGAGGGGAAGUUUGUGUACAGGAAGGUUGGCUACUGGGACCAGAACCUGACCCUGAACUCUAGCCUAAUACCUUGGCAUGACCUCAUAACACCCACCUCCCAGUGCAGCGACCCUUGCAGGAAGAACGAGGUGAAGAGCAUGCAGCCUGGAGAUGUGUGCUGCUGGAUCUGUAUCCCCUGUCAGUCCUACCAGUACCUGCAGGAUGAGUUCACCUGUGCUGACUGCAGCUUCGGUCGGUGGCCCAUGCCUAACUUGACUGGCUGCUAUGAUCUGCCUGAAGAAUACAUCCGGUGGGAGGAUGCGUGGGCCAUUGGGCCUGUCACCAUCUCCUGCCUUGGUAUAAUGUGUGCUCUGUCAGUAGUGGGCCUGUUCUUCAAGAACAAUGAGACGCCUGUGGUGAAAGCAAGUGGACGUGAACUCUCUUACAUCCUCUUGCUGGGAGUGCUGAUGUGCUACCUAAUGACCUUCAUCUAUAUCGCCAAACCUUCCACUGCUGUUUGCACCCUACGACGACUAGGCCUGGGCACUUCAUUCGCAGUGUGUUACUCAGCUCUGCUAACCAAGACAAACCGUAUCGCUCGAAUCUUCAGCGGGGUGAAGGACGGAGCCCAGCGGCCACGCUUCAUCAGUCCCGCCUCUCAGGUGGCGAUCUGCGGCGUUCUUAUCUCCUGCCAGCUGCUGGUGGCUGUUAUCUGGCUGCUGGUGGAGGUGCCAGGGGUUCGGAAGGAGGUGAGCCCUGAGAGGAGAAACGUGGUCACCCUCAAGUGCAGCAGCAGGGACUCCAGCAUGCUCAUGUCACUCACCUACAACUGCAUCCUCAUUAUCCUCUGCACCGUCUACGCCUUCAAGACGCGGAAGUGCCCUGAAAACUUCAACGAGGCCAAGUUCAUUGGGUUCACCAUGUACACCACCUGCAUCAUCUGGCUCGCUUUCCAGCCCAUCUUCUAUGUCACUGCCAGCGACUACAGGGUGCAGACCACCACUAUGUGCAUCUCCGUCAGUCUGAGCGGGUCGGUGGUUCUCGGCUGCCUCUUCGCCCCCAAAGUUCACAUCAUCCUGUUUCAGCCGCAGAAAAAUGUGACCUCACUGAGAGUCACAACCAACCGCUUCAGUGCCACAGUGUCUGCUUCUGCCUCCGCUCCCAGCUCCAGCUAUUCUAAAGGAUCAGCCUCUAACUACGUGCCAGCAGUUUGUAACGGCCGCGAGGUGGUGGACUCCACAACGUCUUCAUUGUGAAAAAAUGUUUUCCUCUCUAAGCACAAGAGACCAUCCAAUCAUCACUCAUCCCUCCAUGAAACUGGGCUGUGUAUGACGGAGCCCCCAUGCCAUCCAACAUGCUGCAGAGAGAUAACUCUGACUGGGUAGACUGACCGGCAGUGGCAAGGGUAACUCAUUACUGUGAAAGCUAAAUGAUAUUCCUACAGCGAGCAGUAUGUAUCAAUUGUAAAGCCUUUUUGUAUAGAUUUAAUAUGCUGUGAUCUCCUUGGUUUACAAAUAGAUGUGAUUAAAUGCACCGUGCCUUGUCCUAAAGAGUCUUGUUGUCAAAUUGGGUGCUUGUGAAGCAAUAGUGUUAUACAAAACAAAAGGCUGUUCUUAUCUUGUCCUUACAGUGCUGUGAAUAUAUCCAAAUGUUGUAGACAUUGACAAAAAAAAUGCUAUGAAAUAAGUGUAGCCCUUCUGUUCUACAAAAUAUGUGAUUAACCUUCGUGAACUUGACGAAAAGUAGGCAACUAGACAAUAUAAAGGAUGUGUGUUAAUGUAGACUGGUGUUUACUUUCCUGUAAUUUAUGUAAAUAAAAUGUUUGUUUUUUUAUAUUAAAAGAUUAAAAACCGCUGUAUUUGGAUUCACACUUGCAAUUCUCGACACUAUUCAAACUAAAUGCAGCUAUUCAGAGACAACAUAUUUUGCACACGGGGUUUGAUUGUUUGUCCCUCUUCAAAACCAAAUUAACUUUCUUUAAAAUAUCUUUAGUUAUUGCUUCCUCUAAUUAAAAAAAAAGCUGAAGAUGUGUGUUACCCUUUUUUCCCGCUCGAACAGGUGCAGCAUGAUUUUAAAUGUUGCUCUAUUACCAAGACUUGUAUUUGGUGCUCAGAUCUCGAAGCUAUAACUAUUGGUGUAACUACUAGUUGAGUAUGUGCAAUUAUACAUGUACAGUGCCUAUAAAAUGUAUUCACCCAAGUUGGACUUUUGCAUCUUUUAUACUUAUUGGAGUUUCCUGAUAUUAAAUUGUAACAACCAUCUAUAAACAACGUA